AGGCGGGUUUGUAUACCCGUCAGUCAAUUUUAGAAGGGUGAUGAUCGCCGAAGAGAAAAGGAGAGGGGACUGGAGAGACAUUUCGACGGAUUUGCUUAACGACGUGGAUAUACCCGUUUAGGGUAACAUUUCAACGUUAAUGCUCGAGCCUGAAGUUUUCCCAACUGGAUUAAUGCUAAUGCUGUAUAUAAAAAUCGGGCAGUCGUGUUUAAGUGUAUUUAUUAGCUGAAGAAAUAGCACAGCAGUUGUGGACAGAAAUGAAGACUAUAGAGGAACCUGCAUACCUGACUGUUGGCACUGAUGUGAGUGCCAAGUACCGAGGGGCUUUCUGUGAGGCCAAGAUCAAGACUGCCAAGAAACUUGUCAAGGCCAAGGUGACCUUCAAACCAGACUUGUCCACUGCUGAAGUGCAUGAUGAGCACAUUAGAGGAAAUCUAAAGGUGGGUGCUGUGGUUGAAGUCAAAAACCAAGAUGGAAUCUACCAGGAAGCUACCAUCACAAAGCUCACAGAUGCUAGUCUGUACACAGUCGUUUUUGAUGAUGGUGAUGAGAAAACCCUGAGGCGUUCAUCCCUGUGCCUUAAAGGAGCACGUCACUUUGCUGAGAGUGAGACACUUGACAGGCUUCCCUUGACCAAUCCUGAGCAUUUUGGCACUCCUGUCAUUGGGAAAAAAGGCAAUCGCGGGCGUCGCUCUAAUGCCAUACAAGAGGAAGAAUCCUCUUCCUCAUCCAGUGAAGAAGAAGAUGGUGACCCACAACAGAAUGAGGAACUUUAUGGCAAAGUGGUGGGUGUGGAAGGUGUUGUUACAGGGGAUAAAAAGAAGACAUUGUGGUUUCCUGCCCUGAGAAAUGCAUCCAGUCUUAUUGGGAGGAACUUCAUCUUGCAGCAAGACAAUGACCCAAAAAGCACUGUCAACACAACAAAAGACUUCAUCAAGGGGAAAAAGUGGAAUGAUUUAGACUGGCCAAGUCAAUCAAUAGACCUUAACCCAGUUGAGCAUACAUUCCACCCCCUGAAGAGAAGACUGAAGGGAGAAACCUCCCAAAACAAACAACAACUGAAAGAAGCUGCAGUACAAGCCUGUACAAGUUUGGUGAUGUCAGUGGAUCACCGGCUUGAUGCAGUUAUUGCGAGCAAGGUUAUCUCUCCAGAUUGUCAUGAGGAUGUCGUGAUGAAAAAAGACAGCGUGUUUGUCCGCUCCUUCAAGGAUGGGAAGUUUCACAUGGUUCUGCGAAAAGACAUUAAGGAACUUGAUGGUGAAAUGGAUCCAAAAGCAGAAGCCAGCCUCAAGCCAGUGCUGAAUGCAGCAUGGGAUUUCCAGUGCAAUGGUACUGUGCCUAGUGCAUGGAGGACUGAGAUAAAGGAUGAAAGUUCCAGCAGUGAUGAAAACGAUGAGGAAGAAGAAGAGGUGCAGGAAGAUGGUGGCAGCAGUGAGGAAGAAGAGGAGGAGGUGGAGCCCUUUCCAGAGGAGAGGGAGAAUUUCCUCCAACAGCUUUACAAAUUCAUGGAGGAUAGAGGCACACCCAUCAACAAAAGACCAGUGCUGGGCUACAGAAACCUGAACCUCUUUAAACUCUACAGGCUGGUGCACAAACUUGGAGGAUUUGACAGUAUUGAGAGUGGAUCUAUUUGGAAACAAGUGUAUCAAGAUCUGGGAAUCCCUGUGUUGAACUCUGCUGCAGGUUACAAUGUCAAAUGCGCCUACAGAAAGUAUCUUUAUGGUUUUGAGGACUACUGCACCUCAACAGGGAUCACAUUCCGCAUGGACCUGCCAUUUAAAGCAUUGGAGAGUUCUCACACCGAUAACAGUGUUGAAGGACCAGCAGAGAGAACAAUCAUUGUUGACCCAAAAUCUGAUCCAGAGAUAUCACUAAGCACAAAAAAUAUUAUCAAGGAGGAGAAAUCAGAAGAAGCAGGACUUUUAAAGACCAAAGUGAACAUCACAAGCCUGAAGGAAGAAGACAGGAUCUGUAGUGAUGAGGAAGACAAUGGUAUUGAUAAAGAGCCCCACAAACUCAAAGCUGAAGAAGCUGCACCAACAGAAGGUCCAAGCACAGAGAACAUGAAGGUGGAACCAUGUAAGGACCAGAACAAGGAGCUGUUACGGGAUGACAGCAGUCAGGAGUGGGAGGAAGGGGAGGAGUUUGAGUGUUACCCCCCUGGGAUGAAGGUGCAGGUGAGGUAUGGGCGAGGUCGCAAUCAGAAGACGUACGAAGCCACUGUGAAAGAGUCAGACCUGGAGGGGGGAGAGGUGCUCUACCUGGUACACUACUGUGGCUGGAAUGUCAGGUACGAUGAGUGGAUUAAAGCCGACAAGAUUGUCCAACCAGCUAAUAAGAAUGUUCCCAAAAUUAAGCAUAGGAAAAAAAUAAAGAACAAAAAUGAAAGAGACCGAAUAGAAAAUUUAAAUGACAGAGAAGACCUUCCUCCUACAAACAGAUCGUCAAAACCUGUCUCUGGCAAUGAUGAUUUUCCCAAAAUGGAAGAAUUUAUAGAUGCAGAUGUCCAGAAGAGUCCUGUUAAAUCCCUUAAGAUCACCUCCAAUCUCAAUGGCCUUCAAGCACCUGAGAGCUCCAUAGAUCACAGCAUACAUGAGCAGGAUGAGAAAGGUGACCAUAAUAAUGACUGCCCAGUAGGCCAGCUAAGCCCUCAGAGAAGAGCUCCUCCAGAACUCCAUUAUACAGCCCUACAAUGGGAAAGUGAGCCAUCCACUGAGGGACACAAAGCAUCAGUGAGUAUGGGCACUGCAGAGGUAUCGUCCAGCCAAUACAGUCCAGAAACAAAUAAACAGUUAGUAACAGAGGGGGAGGCCUCAAGCAUCAGGAGAAGAAAAGCUGAUGUAACUACUGAGCAUACACAUAAAAUCCAGUUCAAAGGCAAAACCAGGGGCAGCAAGUUGAGUGAUUGGCUGUCAGAGAGUUCACUUAAGAAGCUGGAAGAGAGAAACAUUGGUCCCCGGGAUGGAGGCAUGCAGUCCAGCAGCAGUUCUGAGGAUGAGGGUGGUCCUCUAAUGGAAUCCCAGGCCAAAGAAGAGCUACUAAUGCACCACAAAGCCAAGGGUGUGCCCUCAAAGAAGUACAAUGGCCUGAAGGAAAAGGCCAAGGGUGGCCGGUCUUCAACAUUCUGGGAAAUCCCUGACAAGCGAGCUAAAAUUACCUCUGGAAUGGACGACAGGACACCUGGCUGCCGUACCAAAGGCCAGAAGGAUGUAUGGUCCAGUAUUCAGGCUCAGUGGCCUAAGAAAACCCUCAAAGAGCUGUUUUCUGAUUCAGACACUGAAGCUGCAAAUUCUCCUCCUCCAGUGGUACCUGGCCUGAGUGAUCCUGAGCCAGAGCGCGAGCAGAAAAGUGAAAAACCUGACGAGCCACAGGAGAGCCAAGAGAACAACCAGGAGUAUCCCAGCAGUGGAAGCAAUUCCAUCCUCAACACACCACCCACCACGCCAGAGUCUGCUGAGGUCUUGCAUGAAAUGCACUCAUCCUCACCACCCCCUCAGAGUUCUGUCCUGGCAUCCUGCUCUCCAGCCACAUCCUCACCAGCUGGGCCUUUGAUUGAGGAGUGUGUUGGUGGGCGCAGUGAGUCUGACACUAGUACGGUAGAGAUGGAUACUGUGAGCUGUGAGUUUCACAUGCUUCCUCAGGAAGAGCAGUCAGGAUCCUCCUCCAAAGCUUUUGACGCAAACCUGUCCAGCAACAGCAGCUGUAGCCUGAGUUUGAGCAGCAGCAGUCAGCAGGAGAGUGAGCAGAAAGCCAAAGUCUCAUCAUCUAAUCAGAAGCGGCAUAAAGACUCCCAGGGAGGUGGAGCAUCAAAGAAACACAAACAAAGUCACAAGACCUUGAACUUGCAUCCCAAAACGAACCACAAAACAGCCAACAGCAGUGACAGUGAGGACCAAUGUCUCAGUGUGAGCGCUGCCAAAUCAUUUAUCUCCAAGAGCAGCACACAGGACAUGAAGGCCAUAACUCUACCUAAGGGCUCUGCUCGGACACCAUCAUCCCAUAAAUACCACAAACAUGGGGACGCUGAGCAUCUGCAUCCCAAAGAACAGCAUAGCAGCAGCCGGGGUUCCCGCACUUACAAGUGGAGUUUUCAAAUGUCUGAUUUAGAAAAGAUGAGUAGUCUAGAGAAGAUAGCAUUCCUUCAGGAGAAAUUGCAAGACAUCAGGAAUCACUAUCUCUUGCUCAAAUCCGAAGUGGCCUCCAUUGACAGAAGACGGAAACGUAUGAAGAAAAAGGAAAGAGAAAAUUUUGCAAGCGGUAAUUUAGGGUGGAGCUAUGCACACAGGUGCAGCAGCAGUGUUGUACUCCUCUUCUUCCUCACCAUCAUCCAGCUCACUGACAGCAGCUGUUAUGUUGACACUUGCCGAGCCCACAGUCUCCGGCUCCUCACAGAACUCUGGGGUCUCGCUGGAGUGCAGGUGAUGGGAAAAAUCGUCUUGCAGCAAAUGGCACUUAACCAGCAUCCAGCUAAGCCUGUGGCAUUCCCCCAUGCUAUGGGACAAAACUAACGCUGAUGAAUAGAGUCACCUGACCUGAGGCACAAAAAACUGAGCGGAUUCAAAAUGGAGCCAGACAACAGGAAGCACUAUUUUCUAUUGACAACUGUUUCCUCUGCAAGCUAAAUACACUCAAGUGUACUUUUUUCCUGAUAAAUUGGGUGGAAUAGGGUGUCAGAAUGCAUGCAACAGUCUUUUUACAUGUUUUAAGUUCUGAGCAAUAAACAUGCACAUGUAGAAUAUAUCCUUUCUGUGAAGUGUCAACAAUACUGCAUUUAUAGACUGGAAUAACAGUGAAUUAGUUCUUUGUGUCUGUCUAUCUCCUAUUAAGACAAGAAUGACUUAAAGUCCUGCAUUCAUAAAUUAAAUAAAUUGUGGUGCUCUGUAAAAAUGUCUCUCACUCUUAUGCAACGCGCUUUACCUUUAUGUUUCCUUGAAAAUGUUACUACUCAAUUAGUUGGUUUGGUCUGCUAUUCCCUGACCAGGAAAAAGCUUACCAUGAUGUAGAUCUUUAUUCAUAAUGAAAAAAAUGUAUGUGCAAAAUACUGAAGUUGCCUCCAGUGUUUCCCCAUUGUUCUAUAACUUGCAGAUCUAUACUGGAUGGCUACAAGUAUGGAAUCAUAUGCCUUUGUAAUACAUUUGUAUAUUGAGAGGUGUGUUUUGAGGUGACCUAUUUACUAUCUUGCACUGGUUAUAAUAUUCUACUUUUUUUGUACAGUUUAUACUUUUAACUGUAUUGUCUGUGUAUGAUGGUGGUAAAACCAUUUUUCUUUUCUUUUUUUAUUAUAUGGCUUUUUGUGGCACACUUAAGUUUCAGAUUUAGUUUUUAUAUUGUUGCACAUGCUUUUUCUUUCCUGUUUUGUCUGUAUCUCCUUUUAGUUCUCGUGCUUAGCUUUUUAAUGUGCUUUUAAAGUAUUUUUCAAUCUGUACAUGGACUGUAAAGUUUGAGACCAUGUAUAACAGUGCAAAUGUGACAAAUUAAGUUGUAUUUAUCAAGUACAUCAGAUGAUGGAAAUUGUGUAAUUUAUUGUACAAAUGUAAGCAGAAAAACACCAGUUUUAAAUAAAUGCCAAUAGUUUGUGA